CCCCGGCGACGGGCCAGCGGGGCUCUUGGAGUCGGGUGGCUUCUUCUGGAAGAAAGCGGCUUCCGAUAGGUUACCGCUCCGGCUGACACCUGCCCUCAGUCAUCGCCAGAGCCCGCUAGUUGCCCGCUGUCGGGCGGCAGGAGACCCCUCGACAUGGGAACGCUCCCUGAGGCGUCGGCGCGAGCGGGGGACGGCGUUCCCUGCCGCUCCCGGAAGCUUCCUCAGACGGGGGAGACGUGUCGCUGUGGUGUCGCCGGCGCUACCAUGGCGGAGCUGAGCAGGCUGGAACAGCUGGAGCGGCGUGUGCGGGAGCUGGAGGAGGAGCUGGCCCGGGAGAAGGGCGGGCGGCGGGCGCCGCGGGCUCGUAUCGAGAGCAUGAGCCCGGAGGUGACGGACUCCAACCCGUACAGUCGCUUGAUGGCGUUAAAAAGAAUGGGAAUUGUCAAAGAUUAUGAGAAAAUCCGUACCUUUACAGUUGCAGUAGUAGGUGUAGGUGGAGUUGGCAGUGUGACUGCUGAAAUGUUGACAAGGUGUGGCAUUGGUAAGCUGCUUCUGUUUGAUUAUGACAAAGUGGAAUUGGCAAACAUGAACAGACUCUUCUUCCAACCUCAUCAAGCUGGAUUAAGCAAAGUGCAAGCAGCAGAGCAUACUUUGAGGAAUAUUAAUCCUGAUGUUCAAUUUGAAGUACAUAACUACAACAUCACAACACUGGAUAACUUUGAACACUUCAUGGAUAGAAUAAGUAAUGGUGCACUAGAGGAAGGGAAGCCUGUCGAUCUUGUUCUAAGCUGCGUGGACAACUUUGAAGCUCGCAUGGCAAUUAACACGGCCUGCAAUGAACUUGGACAAAUCUGGAUGGAAUCUGGAGUGAGUGAAAAUGCGGUGUCAGGACAUGUACAGCUGAUCAUACCUGGUGAAUCUGCUUGUUUUGCGUGUGCUCCUCCACUUGUAGUUGCUGAAAAUAUUGAUGAGAAAACAUUAAAACGAGAAGGAGUUUGUGCAGCUAGUCUUCCUACAACUAUGGGUGUUGUGGCAGGAAUUCUUGUACAAAAUGUUCUGAAAUAUCUGUUAAAUUUUGGUACUGUGAGUUAUUAUCUUGGUUACAAUGCAAUGCAGGAUUUCUUUCCAACUAUGGCUAUGAAGCCAAACCCACAAUGUAGUGACCAAAAUUGCAGAAAACAGCAGGAAAAUUAUAAGAAAAAAGAAGCUGCACAACCAAAACAAGUAGUAAUUGAACAGGAAGAAGAAGUAGUACACGAAGACAAUGACUGGGGCAUCGAGUUAGUAUCAGAAAUUUCAGAGGAUGAGCUGAAGGCUGCAUCUGGCCCAGUCCCUGAGCUUCCUGAAGGAAUUACUGUAGCAUAUACUAUCCCAAACAAGGAAGAGAAUUUGAUAACUGAGGAAACAGUAGCUGACGGUGAAGAAAGCCUAGAAGAACUCAUGGCCAAAAUGAGAAACAUGUAGCAAAACAAAUAUUAAGUACAACUUUGGGGAGUUUGGAUUGACGUUGGAUUUUGAGAAGACCAGACUUUUUUUUUUUUUUUUUAAACCUCCACUGAAGCUUAUCUUUACAUUUCUGAUGAAAUGGAACUGUUACAGGGGCAGAAAGGAAACAGACUUACCUUGUUUAUGUUCUGUUGUCUAUUCACGUCUUUAACAUAUGGAGUUGUGCUACUGUAAAGCUUAAUUUCUCAGCAUUGCCAGUGUCCAGACGUUCAGUAGGAAAUAAAAGGAGAUGGAUAAACUAACAAAAGCAGGCAUAGCACAUUAUAUGCAACAUCAUGUGAUAAGAACAGGACAUAGUAUAGGACAAGUGAAAGAUAAAUCUGCUGGAGUGGACCGAGUAGGUCAAGGGCCAGUGAUAGUGCCUCACUCAUUGCUGCUCUUGAUCUUCCAGCACUUAUCUCUGUAAAUUCUUGGUAUGGAUUGUGCUGUGGUUACUUUUUCUGAGUAAACAGAAUAUUUCAGCCUUUUCAUCCGCCUUAAAUAUCUCUGGGAUGGAAUUUUUUUUUAAACUUCCCUAGUUUUAUCAGUGUUUUACUACUGCUUGUUCUUGAAUAGCUCUCUAUAUGUUUUGUACGUGGUAAUGCUCUGAGUAUUCUGCAACAAGGCGAAGUCUUUAGUUAGUAGAUAAUUAUACUAGCAAACUGGAUAUUACCAUGCCACUAUUUCAGGUGGCAGAUGCUUUUCAUGACCAAAUCUGUAGGCAUUACCAGCAGCAUUGGAAAGAACAGAUUUUGUUGGUUGUUAAAAGUUUAGCUGUAAUUCUGAUCCAUCCCUAUUAUAUGGGCUACAUUAAGGAAUAUACUUGAUUGAGUUUGCAUAUGAAAGCUGCUAAAAUUAGAUGCUCUAAACUUUGUUUAGUGUUGCAAAUCUCUUCAGUGGAGUAGCUGAGCUACCGUAUUUGUCUUGUAAAUAAUGUUAGUACAGUCAUCUUACCUUUUAAAUUAUCAUAUUUUAAGCUGACCUGUAAAUGUACACACUCUGUAGUGUCAGUACCCUGCAGAAUGGGAAGUACCAAUUUCAAAUAUUUUAACUCCUCUGGGUGUUUGAUCCAGAACUUGAUCAUUAUUUAGAUUUGGCUUAGAAGAAUGUAAAUUUCAGCCUUUCCAGUACAACACAAAUAUUUUCAUCUUAGGGUGGUAAAAAACCCCACAGAACCAGCUCAUAAUGGUAGACAAUAUCCAACCAACACGUAAAAAGCAAGUAGUAUUGUAGAGGUGCUUGUGUUUCUUAGGGCAGCUGAAUGAACACUUAGUUUUAAAAUGUUUCAUUUCUAAGCAACAGUUACAAACUUCAAAAUCUGUUUCCUCCACAGCUGACACUAGAUAAUUUACGUAAAAAUAAUCUCUGAAGCUAGCGAGGGAGGCUUUGAGUAUGGUGCAUUAGAUUGUAAAAUGGAAGAGGGGUUUUUUUGGAUUGAGUUGUUUUGGAGAAACCAGAUUUUAGAAAUGAACUGUAGAGAGGGAUGGGAAAUAGAACAAAGGGAUCAUUAGAAAGGUACAUUCUUGAAUCUGUGUCACUAAGUCUACGUUAGCUUGAUUUAAGUGUCACUUUAAGUGUUACUUACUUUUUUUUUAUUUAGUUUUACCUUUCUGUUGGGAACAAUGAAAAUGUUCCACACCCAGUGGAACACAGCCACCUCUGGAGAUUCUGAGGCAAAUGGUGGACUCAUUUCUACAACAGCUCAGUUAAUCUUGACUCUUAACUAUCUGGCCGACAUGGCUGCUAUCACAUGAUUGACAGCUUUAGAAGAGGCAACUGUUUACCAUUUUACUUCAUGUAGUUUUAUGAGCAAAUUAAUACACUUUUCUAUGCCCGCUUACAGAGUAUGCAAAAUGGUUCUCAUGUUACUUUCAGACUUUCAACUUGUAUAUACAAGAAUUUUAAAUAAUUAGAGAACACUUUGAGAAGAGUUUAUGUGCCAAUGGUUAAAAUUAUUGAAAACUAAACAGCAUCAAACAAAGCAGUUUUAAGGGUAUUUGUUACAUUAAAAAAAGACAUUUACAAGUAUAAUUUAUUCCCAACUAUAAAACCUAAUGGAAAAUUUAUUACUUCUUUUGUUAUGAACUAACAAGUUAAAGCAUAUUGCAAUGGUUUAGUCCAGCUUUAUUUGGCAAUCUUAUAAAAGAAGCUUUCAGUUUUUACAGUGUAUCAUGAAUGUUAUUGAGAUGUUGAUAUUCUGACUGUAUGAUUAAAUCUCCAUUGAAACUGCCGGC